AGGGCAGGACAAACGCCUCCGCUUCAGCUACGAGGUUGGGUGGGUGCGCCGGAAACUUCCCAAUGAGACCUGCGUAUUUCCGGUCAAGAUGGCGGCGCCCACUAGAGUCAGGUGCGGGCGACUCUGCCUUCAGUAGAGGCGGCGACUCGCGGCCCGGGAAGACCCCCAGGAGUGGACCAGCCAGGACGCCAGAGCUACUUCCGCGGUGACCAACCACCCCUAAUCCCCGACACAUCCUCCCCUUCUUCACAAACAGCCCAUGGCAAACCAAGGCUCGGGGGGCAGCCGCCUCCCCCUGGCGCUGCCCCCAGCCUCCCAGGGUUGCUCGUCAGAGGGCGGCGGCUCCUCGGCCGGGGGCUCAGGCAAUCCCCCGCCCCCGCGCAACCUCCAAGGCCUGCUGCAGAUGGCCAUCACGGCGGGCUCUGAGGAACCAGACCCCCCUCCAGAACCUAUGAGUGAGGAGAGGCGCCAGUGGCUGCAGGAGGCCAUGUCAGCCGCCUGCCGGGGCCAGCGGGAGGAGGUGGAGCAGAUGAAGAACUGCCUCCAAGUGCUGUCCCAGCCCACGCCCCCCUCGGCUGGUGAGGCUGAGCUGGCCACCGACCAGCAGGAGCGCGAGGGGGCCCUGGAGCUGCUGGCUGACCUGUGUGAAAACAUGGACAAUGCUGCAGACUUCUGCCAGCUGUCGGGCAUGCACCUGCUGGUGGGCCGGUACCUGGAGGCGGGGCCCGCGGGGCUGCGGUGGCGGGCGGCGCAGCUCAUCGGUACCUGCAGCCAGAACGUGGCGGCCAUCCAGGAGCAAGUGCUGGGCCUGGGCGCCCUGCGCAAGCUGCUGCGGCUGCUGGACCGGGACCCCUGUGACUCGGUGCGCGUCAAGGCCCUCUUCGCCAUCUCCUGCCUGGUCCGGGAGCAGGAGGCUGGGUUGCUGCAGUUCCUCCGGCUGGAUGGUUUCUCUGUGUUGAUGCGGGCCAUGCAGCAGCAGGUGCAAAAGCUCAAGGUCAAGUCGGCAUUCCUGCUGCAGAACCUGUUGGUGGGCCACCCGGAACACAAAGGGACCCUGUGCUCCAUGGGGAUGGUCCAGCAGCUAGUGGCCCUCGUCCGGACAGAACACAGCCCCUUCCAUGAGCACGUGCUUGGAGCCCUGUGCAGCCUGGUGACAGACUUCCCCCAGGGCGUGCGGGAGUGCCGGCAGCCGGAGCUGGGCCUGGAGGAGCUCCUGCGACACCGCUGCCAGCUGCUGCGGCAGCAUGAGGAGUACCAGGAGGAGCUGGAGUUCUGCGAAAAGCUGCUACAGACCUGCUUCUCCAGCCCCACGGAGGACAGCAUGGAUCGGUGAAGCCCAGCGGCGUCUGGCCCCUCUGCGGGAACCCUAGGCCUCUUGCCUCCCUCCCAGCCAUGAGGCCCUCCCCCAAGGGAGAGCAGGGCCUUGUUGGUGCCAGGCCGGGGCGUGCCAGCCCAUCUCUGCUCAGCCCCCUGGAGGGGCACUGAGAAAGGCACCAGCCCCUUGGACCCCACCUCACGCUCUCGCUCCAUUCCCCCUUGUGUGUCCACACUGUCUUCCAAUAAAGGUGUUUCUGCUUUGCUUCAGCCUUUGUCACCUCCU